AGCAAAAGUCAAAUUAUUUGACUUGCCAUCCGAAAAAAAAAUACACACACACGUUAUGAUUAUAAAUUUGGUAUAUCUCAUCAGUGUUGUGUCUAUAUUUCGCAAAAUCGCAAACCAAACUCUUAAACCAGUAUACCUAUAAUGAAUAUAAACAUAAAAAACACACUUUCACUUUUGAAGUAGCCCAAAACACAUUAUUUCACAUUCAACUUUAUAGCCGAAAAGACGAGCGUAUCGUCUGCAGUCGCGAGAAUUUAGUGUAACGAUUCAGUAGUAUUCACUUUGGAUGGGUUCUUCCCUUGAAGUAUAAUAAGUUCAUAAGUGUUGAUCCUAUAUUCAUCUGGCAAAAUGCUACGAUCAAUAGUUUUAUUUGUGAUUUGCUCAAUUGCUUUGGCUGAAAAUGAAUUGACAACGGGUGUUUCCAAUUUUGCAUCGGAUUUUUAUCAGGAAUGUGCAAAAUCAACGACUGGAAAUGUGAUCAUUUCCCCAUUUUCUGUGGCAAAUGUCCUAGCCCUAUUGUCACAGGCCGCCGAUGGAAAUACAUUUGAGCAAAUUCGUUCGGAGCUGCAAUUGAAUGGUGACAAACCGACGGCAGCAAAUCAGUUCCACGAGUAUUAUGGACUACUAGAGCGAGGCGCUGGAAAUACAACAUUUUCAGUUGCCAAUCAAGUGUAUGUACAACAAGGUUAUCCGUUAAAUCAGUAUCUCCAACAAGUGGCCGUUCAGAAAUUUUCAUCGGGCAUUGAAUCGAUAAACUUUGCGCACCGAGCUGAAGCCGCCCAAACCAUCAAUCAAUUUGUCGAGCAGAAGACCAAAGGAAAGAUCACAAAUUUAAUCAAACCGGCGACAUUGAAUGCAGACGCUCGUGUCGUUUUGAUAAAUGCCGUCUAUUUCAAAGGCGAUUGGAAGUAUAAAUUCAACAAACAAUUCACGGUUAAAGCAGAUUUUUAUACAAGUGAAACGGAAUCGGUGUCAGUUGAUUUUAUGCACAUCGAAGGCACAUACAAUUAUGGAGAGUUACCCGAAUUGGAUGCAUCUGCCCUCGAAAUGAAGUACGCAGAUUCGAACUAUUCGAUGGUAUUAAUUUUGCCAAACAGUCAUGCCGGACUAUCAACACUGGAAACCAAGCUGAAAGGUCAUGAUUUUACGAAAAUCACAACCGAAAUGCGGUCGCAAAAAGUUAAAGUGGAUAUUCCAAAAUUCAAAGUGGAAUUCGAAAUUAAGCUGAACGACGUUUUGAAAAAUUUGGGCAUGGUUGACAUGUUCUCAGGCGCAGCUGAUUUGAGUGGACUUUUACAAGCCAAAGAACCAUUGGUAGUAUCAGAUGCUGUUCAUAAAGCAUUCAUCGAAGUUAAUGAAGAAGGCUCGGAAGCUGCUGCUGCCACAGGACUUAUGAUAACAAAGCGAAUCGGAGGAAUGCCAAGAGCCGAAUUCUACUGUGACCAUCCGUUCAUCUACUAUAUUUGGGAUCACAACAGUAGAACAACAGUUUUCAUUGGUCGCAUUACGAAUUUCAAUUGAAGCAUAACACUAACGCACAUUUCUUAAAUAACAACCAUUAAAUUUAGGAAAAACAAAAAAAUAAAAUAAAAUUUGAUGAUCAAA